AUGGCUACAGUGAAUGCAUUGAAUCCUGAACCAGAAAAUAGCUGCUGCGCUGAGUUGAAGAAGAAGUGUUCAAAGCUUCAAGAGUCACGCAACGCUCUACGCCAAGCUGUGAAGCUCCUUGAACAGAGAAUUAAUGUCGUUGAAGCUCAGAAUGUGAACCUCGAUAAAGCAUAUCGGGAAGAACAAAUGCGGGUGAAAAUUGAAGAAGAGGCAAAACUGAAAGAAUCCAAUGCUAGGGUUUGUUUAGAGAAUGAAGUUUCUGCCUUAAAAUCUGAGAUCACUACAUUGCAGCAGAAAUGUGGGGCGGGUGCUCAGGAAGGAAAUGGGGAUGUGGAAGUUUUGCAAGCCUGUAUAUAUGAUAGGGAAACAGAAAUCAAUAGAUUGAAGGAGCUUUUGAAGAAAGAAAAGAUAAAAGCUGAUUCUUGGAGGAAGUUUGCUGAGGAUGAGAAAAAGAAGGCUGCUGAAGCUCGGAAGUUAUUGGAAGUAGAGAAGAAUAAAUCUGUUGAGAAAGAGAUGCAGCUUCCCAAAAUUGAAGCAGAGAAAGCUGAGGAGUAUAGGGUUCAGCAAGUUCAGUUGGGGGAAGAACUUACUGAAACAAAAAUGAAGUUGGCAUCUGAGGUGUCGAAGUUUAAAGAGGCAACCAAAAGGUUUGAAGCUGAAAACCUGAAGCUUUUAGUGGAAAAGAGAAAUGCUGAGUCAGAGAUGGAAAAAGCUCAGGAAAGGGUAGAGGUUGAAAAACAGAAGGCAGCUAGGGAGAAAAGGUGUGCAGAUGCAGAGUUUGUCAAAGUAGAGGAGCAGAAGAAGCUUGCUGAAUAUAACUGGAAGAGGGCCAUGGAAGCAAAAUGCCUUGCUGAUCAGAUGUCUCAGAAGAUAGAAGAGGAUAAGCGAACAAUUGAGGAUUUGAAGCAGAAGAUACAUGAACUUUCAGUGGAAAAGAGAAAUGCUGAGUCAGAGAUGGAAAAAGCUCAGGAAAGGGUAGAGGUUGAAAAACAGAAGGCAGCUAGGGAGAAAAGGCGUGCAGAUGCAGAGUUUGUCAAAGUACAUGAACUUUCAGUGGAAAAGAGAAAUGCUGAGUCAGAGAUGGAAAAAGCUCAGGAAAGGGUUGAGGUUCAAAAACAGAAGGCAGCUAGGGAGAAAAGGCGUGCAGAUGCAGAGUUUGUCAAAGUAGAGGAGCAGAAGAAGCUUGCUGAAGAUAACUGGAAGAGGGCCAUGGAAGCAAAAUGCCUUGCUGAUCAGAUGUCUCAGAAGAUAGAAGAGGAUAAGCGAACAAUUGAGGAUUUGAAGCAGAAGAUACAUGAACUUUCAUCUCUAAGAAAACCCAAUGAAAUUUCUGAAGUAUCUCCUGAUGUCAGUGUGAAUGAUGAAAGUACUAAAGUACAGCUUUUGGAAAACAGUCUUGAGAAGUUACGUGCAAAGCAUGCAAGGAAAAAAAUUGAGCUUAAGCAUGCAAGGAAAACUUUUAAGGAUGCAAAGAGAAAUUUUGAAUGCGAAGCAAGUCAUCUUAGCAUUUUACAGCAUGAAUUAAGCCAUGCAAAUAAAAAGUUUAAGUCUGAAGCAACUCAUCGCAGCAUUUUACAGCAUGAAUUAAGCCACUUAAAGCUUGAUGUCAUUCAAAUAAUCCAUCACCUUGAUAUGCUGGAUGCAUCUUUUUCACCUGUCACUGGAAGUAUACAUGGCCUAACAAAGGUUGGUUUCCUUUCUGAACUAUUUGCAGCAAUAUAUGAAUUUGGAAAUUUUCCAUAUCCAUGUCCUAUGACUGUGUAUGUGGUUCCUACUUGUAGACGAAUGUCCCAGAAUGUGCGAAACAUGCAAAAGUCACAAGUUGAAAAUGAACUUAUGAAGCCUUGCAGCACAAGUACUGGUGCAUGUGAUCCCUUAAGGAAGAUCAUGCAGGAUACUCCACUUCUUGCUCUAUCUGGGGGAAUGUAUGCUGAUCCCAUGACAAGUAUUGAUUCUAAAUCGGCGCCUUUAAUAAUAAAAGGCUUCAACAGAACAUUAGAGAGUUCUGCAGUAAAGUCCAGUGAAGCAUCUUUUUCUGAUGCACAGUUGAUGAGCUCACAGGAAACGGGUGCUUUACAAGUUACUGCAUUGACAGAAUUGGCUCAGGAGAACCCUAAUGCAAGACCAAGCAUGUCAAACCCAUCUGACAGAUCAGUUAUCGAGCAUGAUAGGUUGAGGAGCAGAAUUCUUGAUACAGUUGAAUGUAUUGCAGAUUUGUCUUCUGAGGGUAAGAAGUUAAACAUGCAGGUAGAAGAUAAGCUCUGUGAUUUACGUGGUUUGUUGUAUAGCAAAAUGGACAAAUCCAUCGAAGGUGGAAGAGAGAUGGUUACUAAUGACAAGGACUAUUUACAGGAAAAGAGUGACAGGGCCCACAAGAAGAGAAACAAAUCUCAUAGGGCAAAAGCAGAUACUUCUGUGGAUGGAAAAGAAGGAAGAGGAAAGAUGAAAUCUGGAGCCUGGGAGGAUGCUAAUGACUGCAUACACACUCCCUGUCCUGCAUCGUAUACUCCAACUACUCAAACAUGCAGGGAGAGGAUAUAUGAUGCCCCAGACAUAUUUGAUGAAGUGGAUGAUGGCAAUGUUAUGCAGUUGUUGGACUUAGAAAAUGCUGCUGAUGAGGAGUACUAUAAAAAUGCAAGGGAUGUUCCCCUAUCACCAUUUUUUCCUGAGAUUGAAACAUUUGAUAGCGAUAAUCUAAAGCCUUUUCUAGAAGAAGCACUUCACGAAGACUUACUGAGUCAAAGGGAGCUGUUUACUUCAACUAGAUGCGAUGUCCUUGAUGUUGAGAUCAAUUCCAAUGAGCAAAAUAUUGAUGCUUUUACAGUUCCUUCUAACACACAUCUUAAGUCUGCACAGGCCAGAAUAUCUGAUAUAGAAUUGCCAGACAUGCAUACUUCAGAAAAUUUAACGGCUACGUUUCUGGAGGAGGCUGAAAUUGGAUCUUUACGCAAUCAACUUCCUAAUUUUUGUUUUGUCUUAUCAGAUACUGUGGACAAUAGUAGCAUAUCUAGGAAAUUUCAUGCUACAAGAAAUUGUAUAGCACGGUGCAGUUUGGAUACUCAAACAGAAUGGGCAGUUGCUAGCAUUCUGUCUGCAGUUGAGCUACAAGAAAUGCCCUUACAAAAGGAGAAGCAUUCUGUGCUGUUAACACUUCUGUUGUUCAACUUUAACUUGACUGCUGCAAUGAAAUUUGGGAAACUUUGCCAUGGGAACUUAAUCCUCUGCUUGAAUUCUUAUGCUCAACACAUUCACAGAGUUAUGACUGAUGCAGACACAAGAAUCCUGUUUUUAGAAAAACUUUCUUUACAGGAGUUUCUUUACCUCAUUGAAGAUUUUCUUAUAGUAGGAAAAGUUAUAUUUAAAAAUAUAUUGCCUACUGAGACCUUGUCAGAGAAUGAUUUGAGAACCAAUAAUUUUCCGGAUGGUGUAGACACAUUGUUUUCUGAAGUAGCUUCAAGUGAGCAGUUGGUAGCGGCGAGUAUUAUAUUAGCAUCAUUAUGUGCUGCAACUGAUCAUGUUGGAUUUAUUUGCGAUGCUUCAUAUAAUAUUCUUAGAUUGUGCAGAUGGGAUUCCUUAACGGUGCUAACUAUUCUUCACAUUUUUGCUAAUCUGGGUGGAGGAAGGUAUUUUGACUCAGACAAUUUCGGUUUAAUGGUGACUGUCUUGAAAUCUUUAGUUAUGUUUCUUGAGGAUGAGAGCAUAUCUGUUACUACUGCUUCUUGUCUUCCAUCAAUAAAUCAGCUGCAUACUGAAUUGUGUACUGGCAUUAAAUGCCCCUUCUCAGAAGGUGCUGAAUCCAUUGAUAUUGUUACAUUGUCGCUAUUAGAAAUGAUCAAGAAUUGUCUACGUCAACAAGCAGAACAAUUGGAUUCAUCAAAUUCCAGAUUCUUGCCAGAGAAUUAUAAUGCUGGACAGUGGUCUAAUCAGGAAGUGGUUCAAUGUGCCAGUAGCAUGAAUUGUGAUGCGCCUUGCUGUUUGAAAAACCAUGUUAUUUGUCCUACUCAAUCAGAUGUUAUCAAUGUUACCUUGUGUCAACUUAGUGACAUCCUCUCUUUGUUGGAGCUGGUUGCAAACAAAAUGUGUAAGAGCUGGCAGUGGACCAACGACAAACUUGUUCCUCAGCUGCUUAAUAUACUGGAUUCAUGUGUAGUUGAGAACUUUGCAGUUGCUAUCAUUGUUCUUCUUGGUCAGCUUGGAAGGCUUGGAGUUGAUAUUGGUGGAUAUGAAGAUGGAGGAGUUCAGAACUUAAGAUGUAAUUUGUUCUCUUAUUUAUGUCGCAAUUCUUCCGUGAAAGCAAGCCCUUCUUCUCUUCAAAUUGCUGCUGCCACUGCUCUGUUUGGUCUUCUUCCUCUUGAUUUUGAAACACUUUUGCAGACAAAAUCUAGUCUUCCGGCUUAUUCUAGUAAAUCUGUUUCUGACGAUGCUGGAAAUUUAAGGAAGUGGUUUUCUGGGCUAGGUAGAGAUCAGCAGGACUUGCUAUAUGGCAUUUUAAGAAGCACCAAUGUUUCUUAA